ACUAAGCGUCGGUGCCGUACCCCGGCACGCACCUUGCCCAGCACCCGCAAGCUUCCUCGGCCCUGCACCCGCACUGCGGCGCAUGCAGCCGGCACACACGACACCCGACGCCCGCGCUUAUGCACGCUCAAAUCCCCCUUACUUGUGCGUUUCGCGCACCAACACAUGCAUACACAACCACAGUUCACUCCAUGGCAAUCUGGGGCAAGUCGCGCAAGGUGAUCGAGUGGCCGCCCGCCAACUCGUCAUACGACGGCUACACCCUCCCCGACCUCAGCUCCCAGCGCCUACAGCCCAAGAGCCUGAGAAACGUAGUGGCGGUGGCGGCGGGCGAAGAUCACUCCCUGGCGCUCACGAAGGCCGGCAAGGUCGUGUUCUGGACGCUCAAGUUGCUGGGCAAUGGAACUGAUACUCUGCCUCCCAUACUGGGGCCCAAGUCUAAGACCAAAGUCAAGGCCAUCGCCGCCGGCCGGGGCGGGUUCUCCAUGGCACUCCUCAACAACGGAAGCAUCAUUGAGUGGGGCCCUGUCCGCAACUACUCGGACAACUCCACGUGGUACCGCGCGCCGCCGCCCGGGCUGCUGCUGCCGAUUGGUGUUAACAGCAGCGGCGCCCCCCUCCCCCGCGUGCUGCGUGCCAAGGCCAUUGCGGCUGGCUGGGACCACAACUUGGUGCUGCUAGACAACGGAACCGUGGUGGCGUGGGGCGGCCGGCGGGGGAUGUUCCAGGCCUACCUGUCGCUUCGCGCGGUCAACGUGAGCCUCGACGCACGACAGAACGCGGUGGCGAUUGCGGCGGGCAACCAGCAUUCCCUGGCACUGCUGGCAAACGGCACAGUCGUGGCCUGGGGCGCGGUGUUGGCAAACGUGGUCGGCGCAUCCUGUGCAGCCGAGAGCUGCAAGCACCCUGCGCCGCCGCCCGCAGGGCCCAACAACGUGCCGGAUGUGGCGAUGCGUGACGUGGUUGGCAUUGCGGCUGGCAGCGAAUUUGCGAUGGACUUGAUCAAGGGUGGCAAGGUGGUUGUGUGGGGGCGCAGCAGCGGGCACCUCUACGUCCAGCAUGUGCCCGACGACGCGAUGUCGGGUGUGUUUGCGAUGUCGGGCGGCUCGGCGCACUGGCUGGCGGUGAAGGCCACCGGGGGCGCGAGAUAGCGGGGCCCGGGGCGUGUGGGCGGACCAGGGGGAGGAUGUAUCCCUCGACGCGUGUGUGUGUGUGUGUGUGUGUGUGUGUGUGGAGACAAUCCUUGGACACAAACGCAAUUUGAUGCAUGAUGACGUACCCUACCCUAAUUAUACGUAUGUGGGCCGCUUGGCCUUGGUGUCAUGGAGUACGGUACGGCACUGUGAGCUGAGCCGCGGCGGUGUAAAGCAAGACGUAA